AUGAAGAUCUUCCAAGCCACAACCCUAUUCGCUUUGCUCCUCGCAGGAGUGUCAGCUGAAAAGAGUGGCCUCUUCGCAGCAAAUGGCGUGGAGCUUGAAAUCUACGAAGUUGGUGACGAUGUCGUGUAUUCCGAGCCUCUCGACCUGUUUGAGGGAAAAGGCCUUGAAGGCCGCGACACCAACAAAUGUACUAACUGUGUGGGCCAUCAUGGGAGUUGUGUGGUUGGUGAGGGCAACUGCUAUGCGCCGGAUGGAUGUGGUUUCUGCGGUGGCUGUAACGUCAAGCAGGCGCGUUGCCAGAACCCCAAGAAGGAAGGAUGUGUCUGUUACAAAUGA